AUGAGCUGCUCCAUGGAACUAACUAAUUUGGAAACAGCUGUGGCUUACAUGUUCAGCGUCUUUAUGUCCAAACAAGGGGACAACGGAAAAAUGGAUAAAUGGGAUUUUAAAGAGGUGCUGAAUAAGGAGCUGCCUUCAUUCACCAAGGGAAAAUGUGGAGAUGAAAUUUUCCGCUCUGUGGACCUGGAUGAGGAUGGAUACGUGGAAUUCAGAGAGUUUGCCUUGCUGGUCGCCACUUACGCCUCCGAACAUGCUGACAUCCUUCAGGCUCUCGUUGCUGCUUACAAAUCAGCCUGA